AAAGAAAGGGGAAGAAAGAGAAGGAGAGAUAGAGGAAGGGAAAGAGAGAGGGAGGGAGGGAGGGAGAGAGAGAUUGGCUGACUGCCUCUCCUUUGCAAUGACACCCGAAGCUGCCUGGCUCCUGUGCUUCGCCUUGGCCGCCUCCUCCUCCUCCUCGCUCCCCUCCUCCGGGGUAGCAGGCGAGACCAGGCAAUCUUUGUUCGCACCAGCUGUUGUCAUGGGAAAGAGACAAAUAAAUGAUGAAGUCAACAGACAGGAGACUUGGGAAGUGGACUUGAACCAACCAUCAGAAUCAGCCAUAGGAACCCCAAACCAACCAUGGACACUACCCCAUGCUGGAAAAUCGAUGAAGACAUUCAACAAGGAUGCUUAUGGGUCUGUGGCUGCCACUCCUUCCCAGAACAAGUCUCUCCGAGGUAGCACCAUUAGCUACAUUGAGGCGGCUGAGCACACAAAGGACCAGUUCUUACCUCGAGAUGAGUGGAAUCCUCUGGAAGUGAAAGCAUUAAACACACUCCAGCUACUCUUGGAUAAAAGGAAAAAUGUGAAAAAAUCAGUGGAGAAUCAGACAGGCUUAAGGAAGCAGUCCUUUCAGGAUGCCAAAAGUCUUCCUUCCCUUAGUCGUGAGGAGGCAUCUCUCUCUACCACUUACUUGAGUCAAAGGAACCGAAUCAGCAGAAACCGGCUCCUCUUGGACUCUGCCAACAGCAUCUCUACUUACUUCCAUCCACCUGGAUAUCCCCACUGCCAAGGCAGACUUCUAGCGGAAGCAUCUACGUUGAAAAACACGGGGUCAAAUGUUGGUCAACACUCUGGUGACUUGAAUCACUUCAACCGGCCUGGGAAGAAAAACCCUUACCACAGAUUCCAUGGUUUUUUCCGAAAUAUCACCAAACCCUAUUGGUUCACAAACCGACAGACUCCGAGCUUACUGGAAGACUUCAGCACCUUUAAGAUUGAUGUUGACAAUCUAGAAGUAUGUUUGACUGGUUGCAAGAGGGAACGUGAGGAACUAGAGGCUUACUGUAGCAGCGAAUUUGUGGUGAAUGGAAUUGUUCAUGAUAUUGCCAUGAUAUACAAAGGAACGUAUUUGGUGACCAUGCUAGUGAACAGCAAUGGACUCUACAAGACAAAUCGGCUGUUCCUGAACCCUGAUGGCUACUUCUUUCGAGCUCAAAUGCUUGUUGUGGAUGCCCUGAAUUGUAGCAAACACUGUCCAGACUUUCAACUCGGUGGCAGGUAUAUUGUGAUGGGUCACCUCUAUCACCGAAGAAGGCAGCUGCCUACAGUCCUGCAAGAGCGCGUGAGAGGCCGUCUGCGGCCCGGAGACGGGCUGCUUUGCAGAGGCAACAGCUACAUGAAGAGGUUCAACAGAAGGCGGGAUCAGAAGGUUCAAGGGGCAGCUCGGUCCAAGUGUGGAUGAGAAGGCAACUCAGCCAUCACUUUCUCAGGCUCUGAAAGCAGUUUUAGAGUAACAGGUAGAUUAAAAAUGUUCUCUGGUUUCUCUACACACCGAUAACACUUUUGGUCUGAAAAAUCGCUUGCUUUUGCUAUUAAAAGAAGGAACUGGAGCCUGCUACAGCCUCUUAAUUUUGUCACCCAAUUAUCAAGGCAUGAUAUUUACUCCCUGUAACUAAUCUCUAUUAACUGAUCUUCUUGGUCAGAUCGAAGUCAACCAGCCGUCCAUCAAAUGCUUUUCCAGGUACCUUUAGGGAUUAUCUUCUAUAUACAUCAUGAUUAUUAGCUCCUAGCUAAUAAUUCUAUUCCACAACAUCAAUACAGGUGAUCCUCGUCGUACCACUGUAAUUGACCUUAGGAAUUACAGUUGUACGUCAUGACAGUCAUGAGUCAUCAGGUGACUCAUUUGUACCUUUUUCGGAAUGGUUAUUAAGCAAAUCCCACAAUCCUUAAGUGAACUCGUGGCUCCCACGUAACACCACUACUCUGUAGCCUGCACUGGCUUCCUAUGGUUUUUCGGGUGCGCUUCAAGAUUUUGGUUACCACCUUCAAAGCGCUCCAUGGCUUAGGACCCGGGUACUUACGAGACCGCCUGCUGUUACCUUAUGCCUCCCACCGACCCGUACGCUCUCACAGAGAGGGUCUCCUCAGGGUGCCGUCCGCCAAACAGUGUCGGCUGGCGGCCCCCAGGAGUAGGGCCUUCUCUGUGGGGGCAUCGACGCUCUGGAACGAACUUCCCCCUGGCUUACGUCAAGUGCCUGAUCUUCGGACCUUCCGUCGUGAGCUAAAAACACACCUAUUUAUUCAAGCGGGACUGGCAUAAUAGUGUUAAAUUUUAAUUCGGGGUUUUAUUAAUAUUUCUAAAAUUUUAAAACUAAAUUUUAAUUAUCAGCCUUUUUGUAAUUUGCUAGGUUUUAAAUGUUUUAAUUGUAUAUAUUUUGUGUUUUAUCUUUGGCUGUACACCGCCCUGAGUCCUUCGGGAGAAGGGCGGUAUAAAAAUUUAAUAAAUAAUAAAUAAAAAAUAAUAAUAACUGAUUGUCUCCUUUGGGACUUUUUUGGUGGAAACCAGAAGUAAAUGCCGAUUUUUGGCAAAACUAUCAUAAAUCACAGUCAUAUGACCACAAGGCACUGCACAUAGCCGUAAAUGUGGGCGGGUUGCUGAGCACACAAAACACAGACAUGUGAUUGUGAGGGGGGAGCUGAUGUUGGAACUUUGAAACCAGGUUGUAAGUCCCUGUUCAAGGGUGCAUCAUCACUUCGAAUGGCCACUAAGUCAAGUACUAUCUAUAGUUCUGCAUUCAUUUCUAAAGUUUAAAUUGUAGCUUUCAGAACUGUAAAAAAAAAUGAUAUAGACUAAAUAUGUAAAGUGUUAUCAAAUGGUUGGUCCAUUUUAUUAAUGAAUUCAUAAAUGCUAUUGCUAAUAUAGAAAUAAAGCAUUCAAACAUUUUGAGAGAUAUUUAUAUAAGUGAUGUGAAUUCAAAUGUAAAUGCUAUAUGGCAGGAAUAUGUCAGCGUGUAAUAAAAAGUGUUAAUACUUCUAGAAAUAAUUACAAUAUUAUAUCAGAAUUGUAAAAUCUAGGAGGAGGAAAAGUGAAUGGGUUGGAAAAAUGCAGAAACCAAUGAUAAUGAGCAAGUGAAUUUUGGGCUGGAAUAAUUUAGCAUGAAAGUACUUGGUUUAAUAAUCUAAAGGUACAGUCAUUAGCAUUCUCUGUUAUUAUAACAUUUUUUACCCAGCCACCUGUGACCGGAAUCAUUUAGGAGCUUUUAACACAGUAUAAGCAAAACUUUAAUAAAUGCCUCUUCAUUUCAGAUAUCAGGAUUUCAAACAGGCUCAUUAUAUAUUUCUAACAGAAGCAGGAAAUGUUAAGUCCAUGAGGUGUUAUGUCAUUGCUGAAACUUUCCCAAGGUGUCUUCAAUGAAAGCUCUUUAUUAUCACAAAGUAAGAUUUCCUGGCAACAGCCUGUAAGUGGGAGUAAGGAGGGAAGUCGCUUGUGUUCAAUUUAUCUUUGCAUUCAUUUCCUUAUUUUGCUUUCUGUAUUUAACAGAUACAUCUACCAUAGGCAUGUGUCUGUGUGAUGCUAGAGUCUUCCAUUACAAGCUUGUCUUUGAAGCAGGAAAUGUACAGCACCAGUUUUGAAAAUAGCGUAGUUGUAACAAUAUGGUACUUGUAUUAAAUUACGCUUACAACAAUGUAUGUUUUAAAAACUAUUGGAUGUCAAUCACAUGAAAGCCUUGAUUCAUAGGUUUCACUUGCAUGUCACUUUGUUCUUGUCCAGAA